AUGGCUAUGUCAGAUAACGAUUUUAAUAAAUUCGACAUACUAUCGGAUAAAGAUUUUUUGAAAUUAGUUCAAAGAUUAUAUGAAAAUAAUAUAAAUAAAUCAAUAUAUCAUGAUUUCGAUUUGGAUAAAAAACAAAAAUUUAUUAGAGAAAUUUUUACACGUUUACAUUUAUUUGAUUCAAAUUCAAUUAAUCUUUGCUUAAAAACAUUAUGUUUAUUAAUACAAGAACGUGAAGAAGUUGAUGUUUUUGUGGGAUCAUCGGUGCUUGAAUUAUUACAAAAAUUAUCAGGUCUUGAAUCUAAUAAAGUUGAUGUUAAUCCUAUAGAUAUACAAAGUACAAUUGAAGCAGAAAAGUUCAUGUCUUAUUUAAUUUCUAUGAGCCCUAAAGUAGAAAAAUUCUAUAGUGCUAGUGGUGUUGCUGAUGCUAUAACACAUCGUAUUAAAGAAACAACAGAAACAAAAUUAAAUGAUGUUAUAAGAUUUUUCGAUAUGCGUAUGCUUUUUCUCUUAACUGCUUUAAAUCCUGAUAUGAGACAACGUGUUCGAGAAAAAUUUCAUGGACUUUCAUAUUUAUUUGAAAUAAUUAAUCAAAUUAUGUUAUCAAAAAGUGAUUUAAUUGCUUCAGCUGAUUCGGGUAUUAUUUUAUCGAAUUCUGAUAUUGAUUAUUUAAUUGAAAUAUUAAAAACUCUUUAUAAUUUAACAUAUUCAUAUACAAUACAAGAAGAAGAAGAAGAAGCUCAUUUAAUGAGAUUAGUUAGUAUACUUCGAGAAUUAAUUUUAUGUUAUGAAACAAAAGAUGAAAAAAAAAUUGAAUUACAAAAACAUAUUAUUAAUCUUUUAACAAAUUUACCAAGUAUAUGUUAUGAAGAAUUACUUUCACCAAUUGUACCUGAAGAUGAAAAUGAAUAUGAUGAACAUGAUGGAAAAAAUAUGAAAGCUAUUUAUAUUAUUCUUCAAUUUCUUGAUUAUCAAAUUACAAAAAAUGAUGGAACAAAAAAUGCUAAAGAAGCUUUAUCGCCCGUUCUUGAACUUCUUAUAUCUAUGUGUCAAUCAAAUAGAACAAUUAGAAAAUAUUGUCAACAAUAUAUUUUAUCAUCACUUAGUCAAGAAGUUUUCGAUUCAUCAACUGACGAACAAACAUUAAGAAACAAACUAACACGUCAAAUGACAAAUCCAAAUUCUGAAUUAAAAACUUUAUCAGCUAAAUUAUUAUUUGUUCUUUGUAAAGAAAAUGUUAAUUGUUUGAUAAAAUAUACAGGUUGUGAAAAUGCAGUUAUGCUCUUACGUGAUUUUGGUAUACUUAAUUUAAAAGAUAAAUCAAAUAAAGAUCAAUAUUCAAGUGAUUCGGAUGAAUCUGAUUCAGAAAAUUAUCAAACAAUAAUUGAUCGAUAUAAAUUUGAUCCAACAAAUCGAACAAAUAUAGAAUUAUCAGAAGAUCAAAUUCAACAUUAUUCAUUUGAACGAUCAACAAUUGAAACAGAAAAAAGUCUUCAUAAUUUCAAUUGUGUUAUUGAUUAUGAUAAAAUAAAAACAAUGAUUAAUGAUCCAAAUGAAAAAUUAAUUCCAUUUGAAAAUGAUCGUGAACUUCAUGAAACUAAUUUUAAUUUAAAACAAUCUUGUUCAAAUAUUCUUAAUUCUUCUGAAUCAAGUGAUGAUGAAGAUCAUUUAAUAACAACGAAAAAAACAUAA